AUACAUCUGCUAGUUGGCGCAAAACUGUAACUUGUAGGAAUAAUCCAAAAAUUUCUUCUCCCAUCUGGUGUGCACUCGAAUCACAGUGAAUUGUAUACUUUCAUAAACAAUAAGUACGAAGUUCAGUUGAUAGAACUAAACAGAAUGCAGCUUUUAUCGGAGAUUCCGGUUAUCGACACCGAAGCAAUUGAUUUUUUCAUGGAACGAAAUGCUACCGCUAGUGACAAUGAUCGGAACAGAUCUACGCGCAAAACACGAUCGUCUGCGAAGAAGUUGAUCAGCAAUGUUACUGUUGAGGAGCUCAUCGUGGAAAAGUCUGAGAAUUCUCCAGCAUGGAUCGUGAAAGGUGCACUGCGAGAAGACUCAUCGGUCAGUACUGCCAAAAACAAAAAGAAAGCAGCUGCUGAGGACAAAACUACCCUCAAUAUUCACUUUCUCAGACUGCAAAUUAACGAUACCGAUUGCGAUGACGAUAUCAAAUCGGUGGAUUGUCAAAAUUGUGAUAAAACUAAAGAAAAUUGCACAAAAAUCUACCCAUACCUAUUAUGGCUGCAACAGAAACAAAAAGAGAUCCUGCAAGAUAUUGAGAAUAUGACGCUUACUGCCCCGAAAAAAAUAAAACGUGAGCUUAAUAGCGACACUGCUCUCAAGCCAGUCAAUUUUGAAGCCGAACUUGUUAAAGUAGAACUCCCAUCGCUGACAAAACUGAAGAAGGAAGUCGCUCAAAUCUCUCCACUGGAAUUAGAAUCGGCCAUGAGAUUGUCCUUGUUUAAUUUGAUUCGUGAAUAUCAGGGCAACGAUCCAAACGAUUUCCUCCAGUUUUGUGGAAAACGCAUGCGAGAGGAGAACUGUUCGACUGCACAAAUUCUGACUGUUGAACAAGCUGACACCGAUUUGUGGCACGAAUUGAGAAAAGGUCGUAUCACAGCGUCUCGAAUUCACGAAGCUUCACGCUGCACUAUGACAAGCGGUUCGUUGACGAGCAAAAUCAUGGGCCUAAGCUCGGGAUUUUCUUUUGCCAUGAAGAGGGGAACUGAAUUGGAAGGACAUGUUUUCGCCGUCCUGCAGGAAGAGUAUCCAUCCUUGAAGAACACAGGCCUGGUACUAGACCCUCAAUUCCCCUGGAUGGGAGCCUCUCCUGAUGGACUUGCCGAUGAUUUUGUACUGGAAAUCAAGUGUCCGUACACCCCGAAGACGUAUGAGUGUUACGUAGACGUUAAAAAGCUAUCCAAGAAAUACUUUGCCCAAAUUCAGCUACAAAUGCACAUGACCCAUAAGACAAAGGCGCUACUUGGAGUAGCAGCACUCGAUUUCGAAAAAACGCGGGGCGUUACCAAAGUGUGGAUUGAUUACGAUAAAGAUUACGUUGACAACAUUAUGCAGGAGGCAUUCGAGUUCUGGCAGAAGGGCGUCUUUCCCGCACUUUUAAAAAAGCGCAAGUCAAAGAAAUAAUUUUUAAUUUUAAAUAAUUCGUUGAUCGUUAUUUUUC